GAAACCACUUUCAUUGUGAUCACAGUUUACACAACUUCAGGUCACAAACUGCUGUCAUCAAAAAUGGAUUUUCACGGACAAAAAAUGAGUCUCUCGUUUUCAAUUGAAAAUAUCUUGCGCGAGGAUUUCGCCCAUCAGCGAAGGCCGAAUUUUGUUCACUUUCCCACGCAGGGCGAGUUAGAUUUCGAACGCUGGCCAAGUUCGUCUGUUUAUCAGUGCUGUUCGGUUCGUUUCCUAAGCCCCGGCUUUGUGAAAUGUUUACCCAAUAUUCACGGAGUGGAGGACAGAUUACAGAGACCGAAUGCAGGGGCAGAAAAUCUUUCUUUAAAAGAGGAGAAGAAAUCGUUUGAGGAAGAUGGCAUGGGUUAUAAUGAAGAGGUGCUUCUCCAGGAAAAUGGUAAGAGAUUUCACUCUGUUCGAGUGAAAUUACAUCCACAAAUUUAAAGAAGGGUGAUAUUUCAUACUUCGGCAAAAAACCGUCACGAAAUAUGGUAGCUUUUUUAUCAAACGAUUAUAGCUUUACCUUGAUUGCCAUAAAUUCCAGGAGAUUUUACACUAUUUUCAAAAGGCAAUACACAACUGGUUUGACAAGUAUUUUCUUUAAAAAGUAAUGCUCAAAUCGUUUAUUUAUUUAUGGCAUUGCGCGGAAACCUUAAUGGCAAUUGAAUUUGCUACAAAUUUGGGGUAAUUCCAAAAUUUUUUCAUUCGUAUGGGGACCACAAAAGGGACUUUCCUCUCUCAGCCGAAUCAGAGGGUUGCCGUUUAUAAGCGUGGAAUUUGACCUUUAAGAGGAAAGUUCCAAAGUCCCAAAAAUCCCAUCAGAGAUGAAGCAUUGGAAAACUCAAGUUUAAUCAAAUUCGUCUUUCUUUUAUCUUGUCAAACCCUGUAUUUAAUGUUCUGUUAUGCGGGUUUUUAAGUUACCAGCAAAAUAAGGAAGCUUCAAAUAUGAUUUGACGGGUAAUUACUAAAGUAAUUUCAUGUUUUUCUUACCGGAUGAAUAAAUUCGAAAGUAAAGUUCAUUUUUCAAGUGGACCCUAACAUUCAAAACUUUUCACUUCUCACCUUUUUUCUUGUACCCAGUGACACUUAAACUUAUUUUAGAGGAGGUUGUGGGAAAUUUCCCUCUUCAGUUUUUUUAAUGCCACAAUAACGAAGAGUUUGAGAAGGAAAUAUAAAAAUGUAUAAUGUUUUACAGACAAAAAUAAUUUGGGGCUAAUUUUUCUUUGGGUCGAAACAGAAAGAACAUUUCUUGUUGUCGAGUGUUGUAAAUACGAGAAAUUCGUUUUCGACAAAGAAGGGUUAGAAACGGAUGCACUAUGCAAUUAUUCAACGGUCAACCGAGUGAAUCCUUUUUUUGUGGCCAAUAUCCUAUUUCACUUUUGCUGCAUAUUUUCGUUUCGUGACGGUUGAAUUGUUUUUGUGCCGGGGUUUGACGACGAAAUCAACAGCGUUGGCGACUUUGAACAUCCGCCCGGCAAUAUUUGUUAGAAUACCGUGACUUACCGAAAAACAAACCAGUAUAUCGUGGACCAAUAUUGAUCCUCCACUGAUUUAACUUCGCUUUACUGCAAUCUCACCAAUCCGUAUGAAGAAUCUUUCACUAAGCGUUAACUUCCAUGAUUGCCAAGUAAUUGCCAGGAGUAUUUAGCUAUCUUUAAAAACAAUUCGUGAGUGAAUUGGUUCUUCAACUAAAGACCCAUGAAUUCUGUUGACGUCAGUUAGCGGAGGUAAAGUAAUUUGGGCGUGGGGUUUUUUUUUUCAUUAUAAAUAUCCGCUUGAUUUAAAAGAGGUUUGAGUGUUUGUUUAGUCAUAUAGUGGCCCGUAAGAUCGUUAUUUUAGCUGGUUUUCGCUUAUCCGUGCAUUAACACAUUAAUAACAUACUUGGAAAACGUGCAUCCUUGAAAAAUAUUUUUUCUGGGCGUUUCUAAGCCAAGAUAUACAUCCGGGAAGAUCAGUGGAAGACAAAAAAAAGACAAAAAUGAAAAAAAAACAAGAUUAAAGGAGUGAAAUUAGUUUUGGAAAACAUCCCAAAAUUAUGUAUUUCUUUUAAGAUCUUAGAAAAGAUAAUCACAUUCCUGAUUAAGCAAGCAGUCAGACAAUGAAAUAUAGAAAUGAAAAACAACAUUUGUUUCUAAAUGGUCUGGUUAAUUUUCGCAUGACACUCGCAUGACAUUGUAAGAUAAAACAUGAGAUAUUUCUUAAGGUGUUUGCGUAACUUGUUAAGAGAUUUUUGAAACUGUCUAAUUUCGCUGUCGUAGUACGGUAUUAAGAGUGAGGAAGGAGACAAAUUGGUUUUGCGUGUAAGUGAAAGAGUUGUAUUGCGGAAGCUCUAUCAAGCCAGAGAAUUAACACUUACAUGGUUCUCGAAGGCUAGUAGCUAUCAAAAGUUGGAAUCAAAUCGCAGAAUUUAUAUCGUCGAUCAACACCAUUUAAGAAUGAGUCCGUUAUAUUGAAUCAGGUUAAACAGACUAACACGACAAUAAUUUCAUUAAGUUCAUUAGUUUGGACAAAAUACUAUUUUUAUUAAAGUAAAAUUGAAUUACUGGCUUAGCAUUUUAAAAUCUCUCUUUCCUUAGAUGAAGGAUGCGAUAAGGACUCUAGUCAAAGAUCGAAGUUGGAAAAGUGCAUCGAAAAAGGAGUUAAACCGCGAAAAAGAAGAAAUCGCAGCCAUUUUACUCAGCGUCAACUCCAAUAUCUCGACAAGAUCUUUUCCCGCCAACAGUAUCUUACACGCGACGAGCGCACGCUAUUGGCGAGGGGCCUGGAAAUGACUGAACUUCAGAUCAGAAACUGGUUUCAAAACCGAAGAUACCAGAAAAGACAUCGAGGGCAAGAAGACAAGAAGCGAGUUGAACCAGAAAUGUCUGUUGUUGCAUGAAAAUAAUAGUAGAAAUUCACCUCUACAUAAAAUGAAUUUUUAAGCCAAAAGAAAACAAAAAGAAGUCUGCAAUAAAUAUUUAUGUUUUCUGAUAUAAUAUAAUACUUCUGUUUUAAAAAGAAGACUUGUAUUUUAUGUACAUAUUGAGUUUACUGACUUAAAUAUUGUAUUAAAUUAAUUUAUGGACGAUUUUUCUUAAGAAACUCCAACAUAUUGAUACAAUUACGAAGGGUUUAAAAGUCAGAACCGUAAAAACGGUGAAUUCCAUGUCUACUAAUGAUAGAUUCAUACUGAUUUGAACACAUUUUUAAGUUACUCUGUUUUCCUGAUUUCACCGGCAGUUCUACCGAACUAAAGCUUAUUUCAAACCAGUGGAGUUUAUAUAUGCAUAGGUACUUAUUCCUAAUGAAAGUUAUUAAUAGCAAAGAAAUUGCAGAGAGGUAAAUAUAUAUAUAGUGUUGAUGUAUUCUUGCAAAAAGCCUUUUGAAUACAAAAAGAUAUCAUAUUCGUACAGAAAAAAUGGGAUUUCUCAUAAAAGUUUUAUUUUAAAAGAAAUUUAAAUCGAUCGAUUGUUAAAAACUUCAAUGUAAUUAAGUUAUUGUCAAAGUAGAUUUUAAUGGUGACAUUGAAAAAUUAAAGCUGAUAUUUCAAGCAAACAUAUUUGGUUCCUUGGUCUGUCUCAGAGUACAUCAGACACCGGUGAGAUUGUGGUUAACAAUUCAAAUUAUCCUUAAUGCAUAAAACCACAAAAAAAGGUUAUCCACAAUCGGUUGUCUAUUUUAAGAACGAAUUGACUAAAGAAAAUCGAAUCUUUAAAAGGUCACGUCAGGAAUACUUUCACUUUAAUAUAUUUCUUUCAAUUUUUUUUUACGUGCGGAGAUUAUCGGAAACAACAAGUGCUCGAAGGUGGGACAUUUCUCAAAAUAACUUGGUCACCCAGG